GGGGGCGGAGUUCCGGCUCGUUCCCGGCGGGCGCUGAGGCGAUGGCCGGGGUCCCGCUGCUGGAGGCGCUGGGCCGCCUGUGGCAGGUGCAGGCCCAGCUCGGCAGCGGCGCCUCCGCCUCCGUCUUCCGCGUGCGCUGCUGCGGGGACCCGCGCGCCCCGCUCGGCGCCGUCAAGGAGUUUGUGCCUCCGGCGCGGCCCGGGCCUGCCGCCCGCAGCGCCCCGGACUACGGCUUCGGCAAGGAGCGCGCCGCGCUGGAGCAGCUGCGGGGCCACCGCAACAUCGUGACGCUGUACGGUGUGUUCACCAACCACUUCUCUGCGAAUGGCCCUUCUCGCUGCCUCCUGCUGGAGCUGCUGGACAUCAGCGUGUCAGAGCUGCUUCUCUACUCCAGCCAUCAGGGCUGCUCCAUGUGGAUGAUCCAACACUGUGCCCGUGAUGUGCUAGAGGCCCUGUCUUUCCUUCACCACAAAGGCUAUGUGCAUGCAGACCUCAAGCCACGCAACAUUCUUUGGAGCGCAGAGGAGGAGUGCUUUAAACUCAUUGACUUUGGGCUUAGCUUCAAAGAGGGGAAUCAGGAUGUGAAAUACAUUCAGACAGACGGGUAUCGGGCUCCAGAGGCAGAGCUGCAGAACUGCCUGGCUCAGGCGGGGCUCCAGAGUGAAACAGAAUGUACCUCUGCUGUAGAUCUGUGGAGUCUAGGAAUCGUUUUACUGGAAAUGUUCUCAGGAAUGAAACUGAAACAUACUGUCCAAUCUCAGGAAUGGAAGACAAACAGUUCUGCCAUCAUUGAUCACAUUUUUGCCAGUGAAGGUGUGGUAAAUUCAGCCAUCCCAGCCUAUCACCUCAGAGACCUUAUCAAGAGCAUGCUUCAUGGCGACCAAGCAAAAAGAGCUACAGCUGCAAAGGCUCUGUGCAGCCCCUUCUUCAGCAUUCCCUUUGCUCCCCAUAUUGAAGAUCUGGUGAUGCUUCCGACUCCUGUGCUAAGGCUGCUCAAUGUCUUGAGUGACACUUCUCUUCAGAGUGAAGAAGAAUAUGAAGAUGUGCUGGAAGACAUAAGAGAGGAGUGUCAGAAAUACGGCCCGGUGGUUUCCAUGCUUGUUCCAAAGGAGAAUCCUGGCAAAGGCCAAGUCUUUGUUGAAUAUGCAAAUGCUGGUGAUUCCAAAGCUGCCCAGAAAUUGCUCACUGGAAGGACGUUUGAUGGAAAGCUAGUAGUUUAAACUGCAAUGCUACUGUCCUGUCUGCUGCUAUCUGCCAAGCUGAGCCACAGGGGGAGGACAACAAGAGCUGUCUGCACUGAUGAUAUCAUCCUGUUAAUUAACACAACAUUCCAACACUCUGUAUGUGAAGAUGGCCCUGUUCAAAUCAUUGUCAGCUGGCCUGACUUCACACUCAUGUUCACACUCUGCUUAGAUCCAGACCAUCCUGUUUAAAUGUGACCCUCCCCAAGGCUGACUAGCUCUGGCUGGGCGAGCUGUGCUGUGAUGGGAGGGCUCUGAGGAAGAUGGGGGUAUGGACUGGGGAGCACAUAGAGGGGUGGCAGUAAGCCAUGGGCUUGGGAAAAGGCAUGCAUGGGGGGAGGGGGUGAUGGGAGCACAGAAAGGGGCCGUGAGGAGGAGACAGCAGGGCAUGCACAGGUGUGGCAGGAACCCAGGAUGGGGGUACCCAGGAGUGCAAAGGGACCAUGGGGAGCCUGGCUAGCACAGAGCAGGGGUGGGGAAGAUGCAAUGUUUUGUCCGUGGUACCUUUAAGUGCUCUGUCAUCUAGAUACCAACCUUGAGAUGCAUAAAGUGUCCCCAUGCUAAACCUCUCCUUGCCCACCCCCAGCCCUGAUGGGCACCCAGGCAUAGCCACAGCACACCUUGCGGUGGCCUGAAGCAGCUGGCUCUGGAGGGAGCACUGCUUCACCAGCCCCAUGGAAACGGGCCUUGUUUGGGAAACCCAACACAUCCUUUCUGGGACAGUGUCAAUGGGAUCCAGCCACACGCCAGCCCCGAUGUUGCAGGGACAGGGAGCUUUCCUUGGGGAGCAGGUCACUGGCGUCUCUUCAGUCUGCCUGACGGAGGGGGCAAUUCGGCCCCACAGUCCAGCGAACCUUCCCUCCCCCCUCGGGAUUUGCUCCCUCUCAGCCAGUCUCCAUGUCAGAGAGGCCCCCAAGACUCCCUCAGGUCUGUCCAUCUCUCUGGCUGUCAGACCAUGCCCCACCCCAAUACCCCAUUCAGGGCUGACCAUACCCUGUCAGAGUUACAGGGUUCAGCCACUCCCCCAGUGCCAGACAUGCCUUCGCUCACUCACUGUCUCGCCCACCUGAACUCUGUGCCCCCUACAGGAUGCAGAAACAGAAGCAAAAGUCAAAAUAACAAUUUAUUAGGAGACUGGAAUCCCAUUUCCUGUCCCAGAGGCCCAUCUCCUAUGACCUAGAGACUCACCUUGACCUUGGAGUAUCUUACAAAUUUGGAGGCCCAGCUAAGCCUGUGUGGGAUGUAAUGAGUAGGUGAAGGAUUGUACAGCGGGGUGGGAGACAGCGGCUGCUUCCCAAAACUGGCCAUUUCCAGGCCACACAACGCUGGGGCUUGUGUGCUUUGCUAACUGGAUCCCAGCCUUUGCUCCUUUACAAGGCCCAGUUUUGUUAGGCGCCUGUUCUAAGUAGUAGAGCCAAGCCGUUACUAACCCCUAGAGGGUAGAUGGGGCUUCCUGGUGGAGCAUAGAGGACGUUCUUGUUCGUCUUGGCUGAGCUAGCUACCAAAGAUGCUGGCUGGGUCUUUGUUUAAUAGCUUUAAUAGAUUUGAACCAAAUAAACCUGCAAAAUGCAAACCACUUUUACAAGCUUUUGUCUUUUGGAUGCCCUGGGAAAGCAGAGCCUGAGCCAGUAAGGAUCCUAGGAAUUUGUUUCUGGAUGUUAGUCCUGGCCACACCUCAGUGUGAGCCUUUACAUUCUGCUCCCUGACCUCCCUCUGCAACUUCAGCUACAUACAAACAUUGCUAAAGCAGAACCAACACUGUGUUGGAGGGAAGCCUUCCCAAGCACCCACCUAGUAAGCCCUUGGUCGUCUUUACACAUGGCUUUCCUGUUUGCCUUUGAGCCUUGCUGUGGAGCCGUCGGGUUAAAACCAGGUCUCUCGGAAGAGCAUGUUGAUGGGUGCACCUAUGACUGUGGUGGCACUUGAGCAUGAUUAAAGGCAGCAGGAGUCUGUCUCCUGUACUGAUGGAUCAUAGCGGAGCCAGGCCCCCAUUAUAAGCAAAUGCAUUAGCUCUCCUGUUCAUUGUCUGAUCCCUGGCAGCUCUCCCUUUCUCUGGUUUCCAAACAGGCUGUGCACACAGGCUACAUCUACGCUACAGACCUUACAGCAGCACUGCUGUACUGCUGCAGCUGCACUGUAAGGCCUCCUGUGUACCUGCUCUAUGCCCGCAGGAGAGAGCUCUCCCAUCAACAUAAUUAAACCAGCCCCAAUGAGUGGCAGUAGGUAUGUCAGCAGGAACGCAUCCACACUGGCGCUUCCAUCAGUGUAACUUAUGUCCGUCAGGGUGCUGUUUUUUCACACCCCUGAUGGACAGAAGUGCUAGUGUAGACAUAGCCAAAGAACGCUGCUGCCAAAGCACUUUUCAGCUGAGCUUUUUGCUCAGAGUUGGGGUCCGUGUAGACACAGCUCUCUUGGCAGCCAAGCCAUUCCAUUCCUACCAGUGUCUCUGGCCUGCUCUCGCCCUGGUUACGUGCCAUGCAGAACCCCAGCUUGCUGGGCACAGUCUGUAUCUCCUUGGAGCUGAACAUGGCUCUAGGGAUGGAAGAGAACAUUUAGCACGAUUACAGCCUUGAAAAACAUCACGGAAACUUACCACACUGCCCUUAUCACAAAUACCAUCAGCCCCCUCCUGGUCGUCUAUCUCUACAUCGUUCACUCACUGCUACUAACUCCCCACUCGCUCAGACACACUCCACCACACUCCCCUCCCCUUUGCCCCAGGUUGCCCCCCCCCUCCAAAAGACAAAGCAGUUCUCUCCCUAGCCCCACCAAAUCACCCGCCUCUCUGUCUUCAGAGCUCAGCGGCCACCAUAGCCUACUGGGACUCAAGGCUUCCCUGCUGGCAGGAGUCUUCUGUCUCCUCCUCUCUGCUCUGCUUCCUCUGACAUGGUGGAUUCAAUGUCAUGUACCUACAGUAACUCUCCUUGCCUGGGCCUAGGGAGGGGGCGCCAGCUAGGAGGAGUCUGGGGUGGGUAAUAAGGGCUUGCCAUGACUCCUCCAUUGACUGGUGCUGAGACGAGAUGGAGCUCCCCCUAAAGGCCCUGUUUCGUAACAGCAGCCGCUGCAUUAUUCACACUUCAUUCCCAUUUAAGGUUUUCCCUCCAACCAGCAGGACUAGAAAAAUACUCUAAAAUGAAAACGUAGUUUCUGCUGCAUCGGCCAUGCUCAGACUGGGCAAGUGGGAUUCAGCCAGGCGGGACUAUCAUGUGCUACGUGCGUACAUCAAUCAAUGUUACAGUGCUGUGUGGCCUCUUCAAGGAGAGCUGAUUGCUGAGUCAGGUACUUCAAGCUCUCCAAAGAAGAAACCAGGACUUGAUUCUGGAGAUCUUGGAUGCUCUUCGUUGAUCUCCAGUGCCUCAAGUCUCUGCCCUGUGAGCUGUCAUGUUCUCAUCCCAGCCCUUUGCAGCCUAUUGUUCUGCUCUGGUGUGUGUAGUUCUGUGCCUGAAAGUAUCAUGUGCAGACAUCACAGCUUCAGUCCUAACCUCUGGGAAUUCUGGGACCACAUAGAGCAGGUGUACUGGGAAAUUGUUGAUCCUCUAUCUGUGCCAUGUUUGUUAGAUCCUGCUGGCCAUCAGACAUUCAGUGGCGGCUCAGACUCUGAAGUUCCCAUAUUAUAUACCAUGUUCGUGCUCUAGAGGGCUUUGUAGUGCCCAUAACCUUCAGCUAAGACUGUUCUCCACCAAGAACCUCUAGCAACUUCACUGAUUGCUCUCAGGGUGGUGAAUGUGGAGUAGAAGAUAUUUAUUCACGAAUAGCUACACGUAAAAUGCAUUCCACUAAUGUAGUUUAACAUGGGCAUGAUGGGCCUAGGUAUAGGUAUAAAGCUGGCUACUAGCCAUGGCACACAGUCUUUAGGGACUUAUGGUCAAUCAGACGUGACCUUUGGGAUAGUGCAAUACUGCGUCAGCAAAGAGAAAAGAAUGGUGCAUCAGCUCAUGCGCUGCCAGUGUGCUGAGGAAAGAUGUCAGCCAUAGAUGUAAUGCUGUGCUUGUAGCACAAUACUGUUGGAAUAUGUAGGAGACUUCUAGGGGUUCAGUGAAAUGGGGAGAAAAUCAGGACAGCAGAUAGAGUUCACUUUCCAUGGUUGUGCUGAGACAGUCAACAAAGGAGUGUUUGGGGCAGAGGGAUACGUGCACGGAGAGGGAGUGGAGUGAAAUGCUGUCACCAGUUUGUACAAGGGAGACUGGGUCGGCAGAGGGAAGCUCUCAGACGGGGCAACAGUCUCCUGGCCAGUCAGGACAAUGGGCAUCACCCAGCUCCUGCUGCGGUUUGUACAAGAGUUGUCUGGACUAGAGCAGAACAAUGGCCGAACCCCCCCAUCCCUCCCAAUCUCUGCAGCACGUGAUGCUUCAGGCAGGAUUUUCACAUGUCACUGGUGGGGUUUGUAUUGCUGGGGUAGCGGGAGAAGGAUACCAGGUGACCUUUGAAUGAAGCUCUGAUUUGUUCUUUGAGGUCCUUUGAAUGGAGUCUGACCUGCAUGAGGGGCAGGGAGACUUCACCAGCAAUGAAGUGGACUUUGGAUGGAUUUCUGACAGUGUUUGCACUAAAAUGGGACUGGCGCUGGCAUGCAGCGCACUUCUGUAAUACUGUCACUGGUUGGUGUUUGCUUUGCCUGCUAGAGACUGGAACAAGUGGAGACCAUUGCUCUUAUUACGCUAAACUAGCUAACUAACAAAAUACCUGUGCUUUCUUAACCACUCUGUCCUCUAGGCUACCUUAUCCAUAAUGCGGGACUUAGUGUACAGAGCAAUGUGACUGGUAACUGUGAAGCAGCAAGGCACAAGCUGUGGGCAGUAAACAGUGUCUUGGAAAAAAUCUGCCUAAGUGUAACUGUAAGUAGAGGUGUGUCUACUUUAACAGCUCAUUGCUUGUGGGGUUCAGUGCAGCUGUGCUAGGGGAGAGGCAGAAACUGGUGUUCCUGUCGUCAUAUUGAUGAGGGACAAGGAUGGGGAGGUAAUAUUUUAUGGGACCAACUUCUGCUGCUGAGACACAAGCUUCGGAGCUACUCAGAGCAUAUCUGAAAAGCUCUGUGAGGCUCCAAACCUGUCUCUCACCAAGUGGAGAUGGUCUAAUAAAAGAGAUUCCCUCCCCCACCGCCUCUCUCUCAGAUCCUGGGACCAACAAGGCCACAAGCCUGCAAACAACAGAAAUAUUGGUUCCAUGUCUUUUUUCUUUUUUUUCUUUUUUUUUUUUUUUAAACUGCUGGGCCAGUGGAAAUCCCUCCCCAGAAUAUUUUGGGGCCCUAUCUAGUUAGUAUUGAAGUAUGACUCUAGCCUUGAAAUGAUGAAUGUGCUCCUAGCUUGGGCUAUGCCUACACUUAAACCACGUCAGCAGCACCGCUGCAGCGCUAGAGCAGUUUAAGAGUAGACCCUUACUACAGUGAUGGGGGCGGCUCUCCCAUCGAGGUGAGUACUCCACCUCCCUGGGAGGUGAUAGAAGAACUAGUGAGCUGAAUACUUUUCCUCUUUGUGCAGCAACAGAAUUGACUCUGCUCUUGUCACUAGCACCUCUGCCAAUCCAUUGGAGGUUGUAGCAUUGCCCGUGUAGAACUGAGACCCUGGUUUGGCCUACAGAGCCAUUGUCACGGUGCUGAAGCAGGAGAGGGAAGGAGCCCAUCUUGGCUCUGAGCCCAGGCACGAUUUAUAGGGUUACCUGUUGGAACACUUUCCUUGUAAACUGUUUCCAUAGGGAAAUCAAGGCAAUGGUGUGGGACCAGCAGUAUCACUGAGUCCUGGUUAAGAAGAGAACUUGAGGGAAUGUGCAGUGUGCUCUUGUCUGUGUAGAUUUCCUUGAGAUCAUACAACAGGAGUGUUUGAAACCAUCUGCUCCCUCCCAAGUGUGCGUUGACAUUAAAAUGUUUGGAUGUAACUGUUUCUUGGCCUCGUCCAAAUCUGGCAGCUAAUCAGGCAAAAAAUGUCAAACCUGAGCUGAAAGCAAGCCUCUUCUGUACAUGAUAUGACAGCACGGCCCUGGUUUUGCUCUGAUUUUCUCACAUUGCUUCCGCCCAUGCAUGGUGUUCAGAAAUUUGUGAGAGCCAGGGGUGCUCCCCUCUCUGGGGUCACAUGGCAUUCUGUGAGCUUGUGCCAUCUCCAGUGACCAGCAGGCUCCUGGAAUGGAAGUCUGCUACCUGUGCUUAGGCAGUCCAACUGCUGAUACAGCAACUGGAGAGAGAUGAUGAACCAAAGCCAAUGGGAGGGAACCUGCUUGUGCUGUACAAUCCUCAACUACACAGAAAUGUGCCACAGCUCAUGCUGGAAAGAUCCAUUAGGUCCAGCUUGGUUUCUGGCUGAUGUUCCUAAAGAAGGGGCACCUGCCUUAGCUCUCCAUUAUGUGGUACUGACUAAUGACCCCCUGAUUACUCCUGUGCCAGACUGUGACCUAGAGGCUACUCCACUGACACCCCAAGGUAGCUGUAUAGCAGCACUCAGAGAUGCAAACACUCUGCAGCCUGUUUGUCAGGAGAUGCAAAGGCUGUGAUUCUGGUUGAAGAGCAGUGUAGCUGUUCACUGCCGGUUACUCCUCAAACCAAACAGAAGCCCGAGCUGGUUUAAUUUUGCUCCGCUCUAGCCUCCAUCCACUCUUCAUGGGAGCACUACAUCUACUGUGAUAGUCUCUUAGCCUGUUCCUUAUCUUUCCUUUUUGCUGUAAUCUGGUCUGUAAACACAUGCCUUUGUUCAGAUUAGAUCUAAGCUGAUGUACCCCGUUAUGCACUGUUGCUGAGCUGAUGUGUGCUUGAUAAAGGUGAUUUAAAAAAAUAAAGCUUCACUACAAAGAAGUUAAUUCAUUCAGUCUUUCUGAAACCAAGCAUUGUUGAAAUACCAUGUUAUGGACUCUCUGAUUGGCUAGCUUCAGAGGUUCCCUGCCUAGUGUGCUGGCUUUUUGCAAAUCCCCUUCUUAGGCUCCUCUCUUCCCCCCCCAUUCCUUGUACAGGGGGUGUAGGUGCCAAACUCAGGCUGUGUGGAUCCCAGUGUGUUCCUGUGACUUUUGUAGGCACCUAUAUAGUUAGUCAUUGCAAAGCAGUCACAACACCUCAGUCCCUUUAGGGAGCCGAGCCUGCCUUUUCAAACUUCAGCUUUAACUCUGCCCUGUAGUGACGGGGGAAGGGCAGUGAGGAGAGAAAAUCUGCUGGCUCUAAAACUCAGGGCAGGUCUAUACUACAGUGGGGACCACACUCUGAGAUCGAUCUACUGGCGCUUGAUUUAGCAGGUCUAGUAAGACCCACCAAAUUGACUGCAGAUUGCUCUCCAGUCGACCCCCUGUACUCUACCCCCGACAGAAGAGUAAGGUAAAUUGACAGGAGAUUUUCUCCCAUCGACCCCCCCCCCCCGAGGUGUAGGCCCCGCAGUAGCUAGACCUAAGGUACAUCGACUCCAGCUAUGUUAUUUACAUACCUGGAGUUGCGUAGUGUAGGUCGACUUACUGUGGUGGUGUAGACAUAGCCUCAGUGUGAUCUAAUCUGGGACCCCAUACACUAAAUACCUUCGUCCUAGUCAUUCAUAUGGCUGUAAUGGGAAGUCACUGCAGAGCAGAGCUAAAGUUGUUUGGCUACCCUGACUGUGCAGUUCUAGACCUUGACAUGUUUGGAUUUAGGUUUUACCUCAGCUCUCAAUUUCCUGUAUUUGUAGUCCUUGUUCUUGGGUUAAUUACAUUAGUUAUAUUUUA